CCCCUCCCUCCGCCUCCUCCUCUCUUGCCUGCAGCCGAUCGUCCCUUCCCCCACUGUCGGGUUUCACCGCGGCUACUGCAGAGGAUUCAGAGCCCAGUGGCUGAGGAAAAGGAGGAGGAGGAGGCUUCUGUCCCUGCGCGCCAUCCACCACCCUACUGGACACGGACGAGGGAACGAGAGCGUCGCCGCUGUAGCCUCCAGAGAAGACAAGGGCACCACCGCCUCAGCUGCGGCCGCCGCGGUUUUCGCCUGCAGCAGCUCGCCGGAUCCUCAGUCUUCCACAAUGAACCCCGUUUACAGCCCCGUGCAACCUGGGGCUCCUUAUGGCAACCCUAAGAACAUGGCCUACACUGGUUACCCCACAGCCUACCCGGCAGCUGCCCCUGCCUACAAUCCCAGCCUGUACCCGACCAAUAGCCCCAGUUACGCUCCAGAGUUUCAGUUCCUGCAUUCAGCUUAUGCCACUCUGCUGAUGAAACAGGCCUGGCCACAGAACUCAUCUUCCUGUGGCACUGAAGGCACCUUCCACCUCCCAGUGGACACCGGGACCGAGAACCGAACUUACCAAGCAUCCUCUGCGGCUUUCAGAUAUACUGCAGGGACACCAUACAAAGUCCCACCGACCCAGAGUAAUACUGCUCCACCCCCCUACUCCCCAUCACCCAACCCCUAUCAGACGGCCAUGUAUCCAAUCAGAAGUGCCUAUCCCCAGCAGAAUCUGUAUGCCCAGGGAGCCUACUACACACAGCCUGUGUAUGCCGCGCAGCCCCAUGUCAUCCACCACACCACGGUUGUCCAGCCCAACAGCAUUCCCUCAGCCAUCUACCCAGCUCCUGUUGCUGCUCCCAGGACCAACGGUGUGGCCAUGGGCAUGGUGGCAGGCACCACCAUGGCAAUGUCCGCAGGUACCCUGCUGACCACACCCCAGCACACUGCAAUUGGGGCGCAUCCUGUCUCCAUGCCCACGUACAGGGCCCAAGGAACCCCUGCGUACAGCUAUGUGCCCCCGCACUGGUAAAGCCUGCUGCCCAUCCAAAUCUGGAGUCACAUUGUAUGCAACUACUCAAGUCUUACACCGGUGCUGGAGCAGUCCCCUAGCAGCACCACCUCUAUUUGCAAGAAGAGACAACGGAAGUGCAAGGGUCACUUUAUGCAUCUUUAAUGGUUUUGAUUUUUAUUUUUGGUUUUUGUAAAAGCUGCUUUUUCUAAUAUCCUAGGAGCCUUCCCCUCAUGCCUCCCUCUUAGCCACUGCCCUCCUGGCUCUAAUCCCUCUUCCUACCUAACCAGACCCAGUCCUCUCUGCACUUCUUUCCUUCCCUGAGCAUCCUGUCCCUGGGAUCCCAGUUUAUUAGCACGCAGAGAGUGAGGUUUAUUGCGAUGGUUCACCUAAAGGCUAGAUUUCAUUUGGAGAGCAUAAAAGAUGUGGCCCUCAGGUCUGAGGUAGGAGCUUAGAGUUGUUGAAAAGGCCACAUCUCUAUCAAAUUGUCAUUUUCUAAAGCAAGAUUAGUUCAAAUACAAAGAAAUACAUUCUAAGAACCAUCACAACAGACCAAGAACAAACCCACCUGGUUAUGUAGCAAUGUUAGCAGCAGCUUCGUGUUCCCAGGCUCAGAACUGGGAAAGCAGAGAAUUUGGGGAAGGGUAGAGGGAGGGUGGACACUGGGGAAGUAGUGUGAAGAAAGAGCUGGAGGGUGCUCAGCUCUAGUUUGAAAGGUCUCUGGCCACAUUGCUGAGCUUGGACCUUUGGAUUUGCACAGUGGUGUUGACUGACCAGGCACUUCCUCCAGAGAUGCUUUGACCUCAGACCUGCCAAACAGUUGCAUGGUGGUGGGAUCCCAGCAUCCAAGAGGCUUCAGGAGGCCCAGUGUCUGCAUAAUCCCACCCUCAUCCUUCCCAGUGCCAGGGCGCUCAUGUCUGUCUGUGGGGCUGGCAGGCAGGCUAAGCUCUUGGUUACCUUGUGCCAUUUCACGGCCAAAGUGAAGGAGCCACAUUCCAGGUGGGAGCUGGCGGCUCUGAAGGUCAGGACAGUGAAGGAGAAACAAUAGCAAUAAUCAUUUCAUACUCACGGGACUGAAGGACCUUAGCAUCCAUCAUCUCACCCAUUCCCCAUUUGACAGAUGAGGAAACUGAGGCCCAGAGAAGCAGAGAGGACUUCUCUGAACCUCAUCGUAAAUUAGCAUUCAAUGCAGCUUUCCUACCUACUGGCAUUUUACCUAUAGAAACUGCUAGGAUGGAUGGGCUUGGCUCUGUGAAACUUAAGUCAGCAGUGCCCACAUCUGGUGAGCUCUGGAAUGACUUCUGGGCUUGUUUCUGCUGUCUUCCCUCAUGGACUCCAAAGGUGGGGCUUGAAGUCUAGGCAGAGGCCACAUAGAGCAGAUGGCAGGAGCAGAAAUUAUAUUUGGAAAGCCUGUGAAGACAUCUGGAACAUUCAUCCUGAACCUGAGUCCACCUCAAGGAAAAGGAGCAGGUGGGCUGGCUGGAAGGAGAAGCCAUUCACUUAGGAUAGU